GUCACGUGGGGAGUCGUGCGAGGGCCAAAGAGAGUCGCGGAAGCGUGGCGGGCCGGCUGGGAUUGGGGCGGGUUUGAGGGUGACAUCUGAGCGUUUAAAGAGCCGGGGUCAGUUGACGAAUCCAGCCCGCGUCUAGUCCUGGGGAGGCCAGGGUCGCUGCUGCCGCGAGGGAGAGAUGACUGCGGAGCGACCCGGCACGGUGACCCUGGGCAGACCCGGGAGACCGCGAAUGCUGGGAUCAUGGGGAGUCUGUAGGGUUCAGGUGUUUGCCGCGAUCUUCCUGCUGCUGUUGUCUUCAGCAGGAGUCGGGGCCAGGGCAAAGGACGACUUCAGUCUGGUUCAUCCGCUUGUGACCAUGGAGCAGCUGCUGUGGGUGAGCGGGAAGCAGAUCGGCUCUGUGGACACCUUCCGCAUCCCGCUCAUCACCACCACUCCUCGGGGCACUCUCCUUGCCUUUGCUGAGGCCAGGAAAAUGUCAGCAUCGGAUAAAGGAGCUAAGUUCAUUGCUCUGCGGAGGUCCACGGACCAGGGCAGCACAUGGUCUCCAACAGCUUUCAUUGUGGACGAUGGGGAGAGCCCAGAUGGGCUGAACUUGGGGGCAGUGGUGAGCGAUACAACAACAGGAGUGGUCUUCCUUUUCUACUCCCUCUGUGCUCACAAGGCUGGCUGCCAGGUGGCCUCCACCAUGCUGGUGUGGAGCAAGGAUGACGGCGUUUCCUGGAGUUCGCCUCGGAACCUCUCCUUGGACAUAGGCACUGAGAUGUUUGCCCCCGGACCGGGCUCUGGCAUUCAGAAACAGCGGGAGCCUCGGAAGGGCCGGCUCAUUGUGUGUGGCCAUGGGACGCUGGAGCGGGACGGGGUCUUCUGCCUCCUCAGUGAUGACCACGGCGCCUCCUGGCGCUAUGGGAAUGGGGUCAGCGGCAUCCCCUAUGGCCAGCCCAAGCGGGAAAAUGAUUUCAGCCCCGACGAGUGCCAGCCCUUUGAGCUCCCCGAUGGCUCAGUGGUCAUCAAUGCCCGGAACCAGAACAACUACCACUGCCAUUGCCGAAUCAUCCUCCGCAGCUACGAUGCCUGUGAUACUCUGAGGCCCCGUGAUGUGACCUUUGACCCUGAGCUCGUGGACCCUGUGGUAGCCGCAGGGGCUGUAGCCACCAACUCCGGCAUUGUCUUCUUCUCCAACCCAGCCCAUCCAGAGUUCCGAGUGAACCUGACCCUGCGCUGGAGCUUCAGCAAUGGCACCUCAUGGCAGAAGGAGACGGUCCAGCUGUGGCCGGGGCCCAGUGGCUACUCCUCACUGGCAACCCUGGAGGGCAGUGUGGGCGGGGAGGACCAGGCCCCGCAACUCUAUGUCCUGUAUGAGAAAGGCCGGAAACAGUACAUAGAGAGCAUCUCCCUGGCCAAAGUCAGCGUCUUUGGGACACUCUGAGCUGUACACCUGCCAAGGGGAUAGAAGGCCCUGGACUCAGCCUCAGGACCAUGGGUGUGUAGAGGGUCUACUGGAGGAGCCUAGAAGACGGUUCCACCUUCCUUUAGAGUCUAGCGUUUUGCAAAAUCAACUUCUCUUUGACAGGGAAAUCAUUCCUUAGGACUAAAAACCUGGCUUCUCCCACAUAGGAAGAGCUGCCCACACGUGGGAGCACUUCUCUUCCACAUUGCUGGGUCUGCCCCCCUGCCCUUUCUGCCCUCUCAGGGCAGUGAUUGGUCCUUUUCUUGGACAGGGCUAGGUGGGCCUGUAGCAUUAAAUAAAUGUGAACUCAGGGAACUGGGGAAGGCUUACCUCUUUGGGGUAAGAUGCUGGCUUUGGAGAGGGUUGGUGAAAGUUCCAGAAGGGCAGGACAUUUGGUUUCAAGGUAAGGAACGAGGUGCACCACCCACUUUGACUAUGUAUGAAUCAAAAUGUUUAUAACUUAACAUUCUUAAUGAAGGAGAAUGAAUAUUUGCAGAGUC